UUAAUCAGAUCAAACACCCAAAAUUCUCUCUUUUUUUUUUUUUUUCUUUUUUUCUCUCUCUCACACAUACAGAAAAACACACAUAUAUUCAUCAUCUAUUCAUCCCAAUUGUUACUAACAAUUCAAUCUUUUUCAAUCAAGAUUUUCUUUUUUUUUUUUUAUUAUUCUGAAAGUGAAAUCAAAGGGGGCAGUGUUGAGUGUUGAGGAGGAUGAACUUGCCCUCAGUUGUUGUUGAUCCUCCUCUCAGAUCUUAAAGUUUCAAGAUUUAUCAUCUGGGAGGACUUCAAUUGUCGUCUUCGAGGGAUCCGAUGUUUUCUUGAUUGAAAAUAAGAUUAUCGGUUUUAAUUUUAGGUGUAUUAAUCUGUGUGUAACAUAAUACUUAGAAAAUGCAGUCGGAUCUCGGCAAGUUGUUCGUGGGUGGGAUAUCGUGGGACACGAAUGAAGAACGAUUACAAGAGUAUUUUAGCGGUUUCGGUGAGGUUUUGGAAGCUGUGAUCAUGAAGGAUCACACCACAGGACGUGCCCGUGGUUUUGGUUUUGUAGUCUUUGCGGAUCCUGCUGUCGCCGAGCGAGUCAUCAAGGAGAAGCAUCAUAUCGAUGGCCGAAUGGUUGAGGCAAAGAAGGCUGUUCCUAGAGAAGAACAGAGUACAAUCAGUAGAAACAGUGGUAGCGUUCAAAGUUCUCCGGGUCCAAACCGAACAAGAAAGAUAUUUGUAGGAGGUUUAGCGUCGACAGUCACUGAAAAUGAUUUCAGAAGGUACUUUGAACAAUUCGGUGCAGUUACGGAUGUUGUGGUUAUGUAUGAUCAUAACACACAAAGACCUCGAGGUUUUGGAUUCAUUACUUACGAUUCAGAAGAUUCUGUAGACAAAGUGUUGUUAAAAACCUUCCAUGAACUAAACGGCAAAAUGGUUGAAGUGAAACGUGCGGUACCAAAAGAGCUUUCACCGAGUCCUAGCCGAGCCAUGCUUGGUGCUUAUCCAUAUGGUUUGGGUCGAGCAAGUGGCAUUCUUAAUGGAUACACUCAAGGACCGUAUUCUCCUGGUGCGGUUGGUGGUUACGGUGUUAGGAUGGCUGGUAGAGGCGGGUUUGACCCAUUUGGUUCCGCGUAUGGAAUGGGAUUGAACUUUGAACCGGGGAUGACAAACGCAAACUACAAUAGGAGUUUGAGCUAUGGAAGGGGAAUGACCCCGAGUCCGUAUUUUGUCGGGAAUACAAAUCGGUUUGCGGGUCCUAUCGGUUUUGAUGGCGGCAAUGGUGGCGGGAAUGGAGGGAAUGCUUCUCUUUUCAGUUCCAACCCCCGGAAUUUGUGGGGUAAUGGUGGAUUUAACUAUGGGUCAAAUGCGACCCGGUCGAGUGCUAUCGGUGGGGGUAUUUUUGGAAAUACAGGUCUCAAUUGGGGUUCGAAUCCGAUUACAAAUCAAGGUGGUAGGAACGCCUCUACUCAAAGUGGGAAUCUCGGUUUUGGAGGUGAUAACGGUUAUGGGUUAGGAGGUGGUGGGUAUGGUAGAAAUGUUACUACUAGCGAGGUCCGAACAUUACCGUAUGCUGCUGCUAAUGGUGGUUAUGAAGAGCCUUUUUCAGACUUUUACGCUGGUGGAAGUGGCGGUGGCGGUGGCGGUUCUGUAUAUGGUGGAGACCCAACUUGGCAGUCAAGAAACAACGAGCAAGAGGGGUCCGGUUCGUUUGGUGGAUAUGGGAUAGGUGGUGGCAGUGAUGGUGGCAGUUCUGAUGUCCAUACUAAAAGUCCUGGUUAUGUCGAUGGUUACGGUGUAGCCAAACGGCAAACAAACAGAGGAAUUCUUGAAUAAUAUGGAGUCCAGAUUGCUAUAACAAAUGAAUUUUGGUGAACAAACUUCGGAACGACAUGUCUUGAAGUCGAAAGAAGUGUCAAAAAAAGUGGAGCCAAGUAGAUUGCUUCUCUAGAGAUAUUAGGAUUAUAAGUGAGCUAUUUUUGUGUUUUUUUUUUUUUUUUAAGGAUUGAUACUUUGAUUUUGACUUACAUUUUUGGGUUUUUGAGUGAGAUGUAAUAUGAGUUUGCGGCUUAUAGUCGAGAUAUGUAUCUCUGGUGAUGCAUAGGAAAGGAUAGAUGAUGAGUUGAUGAUGAUUUGUUUCUUUAUAUUAGAUGAAAAAGACUGCAAAAACUUGUAGUUCAUUGUCUCUUGGUUUCAUUUUUAGAUUUUGUUUUCGUUUUUAA